CAAACCAACAUGUUGUUCUAUAAAAGAUCACUCUGCCUGGAAGUGUGUGGUUGUUGUUGUGAUUGUGCAGGGAGAAGGUUUUUAUCUUCAAGUUGGAAACAGCACGUUUUGUUCCCGUAAACGCUGUACUUCUCUGUCUGUGUAUUUAUGUCUCGCUCCAUCUCGCCUUUUUUCCCUGAUUCUUUAUCACCUCCUCCUCCGGCUGGCGAUGCUUCUCUUCUUCUCCUCCCACACAGGCAGAGUCACACAGAUACAGACUCUACUAUAGUCACUCAAAUGUACAGGGGGGUGUUGUGGAGGAAACGGAUACAACGAGAGGUUUCAAUCAAUUAAUCCUUGGUUUUCAGGGCAACCUUUUUUCUGGAGACAAUACAGCUGAACAUGUGUAAAAAAAAAAGGAUGGGAAGAGGGCAAACACGCAUUUAGGUGUCAGGGGACGAGCACUUGUGUGUGGAACAGAGCAAGUUGUAGAAGCUCUGGUGGUUCCUCACUCAGGGGAGCAGAGGGUUGUGAGCCAAUUACUGAGGCUUCACUUCCUCUGCUUGUUACUGGCAUCCUCCUCUGUGAGGUUGAUUUAAACAUCCAGUGAGCCACCACCUUCUUCUGUCAACUGACAUAUUAAGUGGGUGAAUGUUAUGAGGGACAAAGUUUCUGCUUGUUUGUGUCUCUUGAUGUGUGACCUGCUGGGAACCCACCUCCCAUCGCCAAUGAACCUUUUGGUUUUUGAAGGAACCAGACAUGUUGUUGACAGUUAUGGUUUGAGGCACUGUCGUCCUUGUGGGUCAUGAUGUGGACAUGCCUUGAAGCUGAUCGUCUCGUGGGCAGUAGCUCCAGACCAUGAGCUUUGACUUCCUGCUUCAUUUCUUACCAUGAAGUCCCAUAUAUCUCAACAUAUAGUUCACAGUAGAAAGACAUGCCGUCUCAAAACAGCAAGGCGACUUGACUGUGUCACUAUUUAAUGAGGUGUGCAACUGUGCCCAAAGUGCCAGACACUAUUUUUAAGACACAUUAUCAUAAGUUAGCAUGUUAUUUUCAGGACAGAAAUAGAGUUCAUGUAGGAGAGCUGCAUUUAUAUAACCUGCUGUACUUCUGACUGCUGCUUAUGUAAGAGAAUCUAUCUGGAGGUGAAACGUGUACAAUGGCUACAUCUGUACCCCCCUCCUCACCCUGCUGCCAUCAGAGCGCCGCCAUGUUUGACUCUUUUAAUGCUGCCGGACCUGAGUCUGUUUGUGACGCUCUGUUAGAAACAGCGUUGGUUAUCUUGUCCACUCGUCUUUUCUUUCUGUCGCUCGCUGUGUUGCAUCUCCGCCCACAUGCUCUCAGGUCGUGGGAGGAAUCCGUCCUCCUCUCUCCGUCUCUGUCGCUCUCCCCUUCCACAUCAUUAUGACCAGCGCUUGAUUCAACGCACCCAUCAUUGCUGGUGACUCUUUCUCUCCGGUCCAGCGCAGUGAUCCACUUCAAACCCCCUCCUCUCGCUGUAAUUGGGCCACUGACUAUGUAUCAGCUUGAAAUCAGCAGACAAGGUUUUUUUUUUUAGGUUUAAUGGUUCGGCUGCACUCUGACGAAAAGGUGCUAACAAGAGGAACUUAAAAAGUGGACCUGGUGGUAGUCAGUUUAAAAAUGAAAUCCACUAGACAUUGGCUUGUUAAACAUUCAGCGAAGAAAAGCUGGCAGUUUUAAGAAGACAGUUUCAAAGAAGUGUGAUUUAGAAAAUUAAACUUCAUGGCUGUCAUGGAUUAGGUGGACGAAAAAGAACAAAAAUCUUUUGGGUUGUAACAUUCCCUUGUGGUGGUGAAAGUGAAUGUGAGAAAUAAUACAUUUAAUUUCUUACACAUCUUCAUAUUCAGAGAAUGUGUUUUGCUCCUAUGAUGUAUAUACUCUUCUAUAAAUCCAUCCUGGCUAUUUUAGAUAGCUUUUUUUAUUUCUCCUAAAUGUGACUUUUUGAAUUUACAUGGACCGAGAACUUCGACCUGAGCGUCUCUCUGCUCUCUUGUGUUGCUGGUCUUCUCAUGUCUGAGCGCUCACUUCCUCUGGAGUGGACAGGAAGUUCCCUGGAUGUGUUUCCAGCUGGAAUUUUCUGGCGCUUUCUCAGCUUUGGUGCAACUGAGACUCAGAGUUCAGAAAGUGAUAGGAAGGAAACUAGAUUGUGUUGAACAAAGCGGCAUUUCAACACCUUCACCACCCAAAAACACUCGUAAUUUCGGAUUUGCUUCUCUAAAUCUUCUCUCCAGUAGCCCAACUGUUUUAUUUUUUUUGUCUCCAGUUCUUCUAUUAUUUAUAUCUUCUCUGAAUAUAUUUUUACUCUGAGUCACUCGGAAGGAAGUUGAUGCUGCGUUUCAGAAGAUGUAUUUUUAUCAGUUCUAACAAUAAGAUGUGUGUCUUUCCUGCCUGCUUGUGCUGGGACGCUUGCGUGUCAUGCUGCUCUGAUCUUCGGUUCCAAAGCUAUUGCAUCUCUUCAAAUCUUGAAAAUUCUUGUUUUGCCCUCUGAAAAGCUAGUUUACUGCAAAGUCACCACAGAAGCUUUAGAGUUAGUGGGCUAACCUCUUUGUUUUGGACUGUGGGAGGAAACUGGAGCAACUAUGAACAUAGUCUGUCUAUGGUCUUUUGGCAAUCUGAAAUGAAGUUUAACGCAGCUGUAGUUUAUUCAGGGUCAACAUCGGAUCUGAUGUUCAGGCCUGAGAGUCUGAGGGAGGUCUGGAGCUGUACCACUUGAGCUGUUGUCACAAUCAGUUCAACAUUGCUGCGACCACGUGCAUUUAGUGGAAAUGCUGGACCCAAAAUCAGCCACUGAACCUUCCUGUUUCCCGUGGCUGUGGGACCAGUCAAACCCUCUCCUAAUCCUCUUCCCCAACUUGGCAGGGUGAACCAGGGUAAAGGGCAAUUGUAAGUCUGAGGCCUAUCACCAACUGUAUUGAAAAGAGAGUCUGACCUAAAGGACGGUUUGUAAUGUUUGUACCGCCUUGCUGUGUUUCCUGAUGGAAAGAGUACAGCCAUUCUCUCUCUGGGUGUGUGUGUGCUGAGAACCCAAGGUUGCACGUUGAGCCUUUAAAUAAAGUAUGCAAUCUUUAUAUAACGUGUGAGGGCAACGUUUGCAACAAUAUGUUUUCUUUCUACUUUGCCAUAUUUUCCUCCAUCACUGUGAGUCCAUCUGUUUAUCCCUCCACACUCUCUCUCUCACACACACUCGACUGAAAGCCGCGAUCAGCGAGCUCCUUUCUCAAUCCUACUCACUCCUCCUCUCUCUCUGCAGCGCCACUUCGACACACCGCUGCCCACGCAGAAUGUGCCGUUUUGGAGAUCUGCAGCGGGACGUAAUCCUCAGCUCAAUUGCUCCAGAUAACGUUUCCGAUGUGCUGAUGUAUUUAAGGUUGUUUUGGGAACUGUUUUGGGAACCGACUGGCGCCGGACACUGGAGACACUAGCAUGUUGUUGGUUCAUAAAUGUGUAUUCCCCAGUGCAGUGGGUUGCUCCCAUCCUUCCUAGCAUUUCCCCUUUCUUGGCCGUUUCCUCUCGCUGUCUUACAACUCUGCUCAUCAUAUUAAUUGCACCACAGCUCUAAUACUCUAUUAUUCACCGCGGCUAUUUCCGUCACGCGGGCCGCCAGGGGCUGCCAGUGAUUGCCAGGGGUGGACUGAGAUGUUGAGCAGGGUGGUGGCGCAGGGUGAGGGAGAGCCACGCUGGUACCCGAGUCGACAGCAAGCGGCUGUUGAGCAUCAUGUGAUUGACGCAGAUUAGAGGCUCUCAGAGUCUGUGCGGAGGCGGUUCUCUCUCUCGGCUUCGCUGCCGCGGCACAGCUGACUGAAGCGCUUGUGUUUGAAUGUGUUGCGUCGCUUUAAUGACAUUUUGUUCUUUUCUCUUCUAUUAAUUGGAAUCGGAAUAGAGGCCGACAUGGGUUUGUGAGCGCAAGCCGCAAACGUGCUGCUGACAAGUCGGAAAGAACGUUUGAGCUUUUAUAGAUGGGAAUUUUUCCUUUUCAUCCAUCCAUCCACUGUGGCCAGGCUUCUGUAAUGGAGGUCCAGACGUCCCUCUACCUGGAAAUGUCUGAGCACUCAACCUCAAGUGCACCUGAUGUGUCCAUGAGAUGCGCUCAUCCCAGCUGUCUGUGGGCAUUAUGUUGACCAAAGGCUAAUCCCAUCAACACCCCAUUUUUUCUUCUCCCUCCCGUUUCCCUUCCCUGUGAACUCCACCAUGACCAGUCUGAAGCGGUCUCAGACGGAGCGCUCAGUCGGCGGCUCUGUGCCAGCGACCGACGAGUUCUACACACGGCGCCUGCGGCUGCCAAAUGGAGGAGCUCCUCCACCGCGCAGUGAGAGCACCCACAUCUCCUCGUCCUCCAACACCGGAACCAACCCUGGUGUUCCUAAAAUGGGGGUCCGGGCACGUGUGGCCGACUGGCCACCCAGGAAAGAUGGGGGAGGGGGAGGUGUUUGGCAUAUCACUGUGGAAACGGACUCUCCUAGCAGCUCCACCACCACCAGCUCUUCAGGGUCAGGAAGUGGAGAUAGAGACAGACUUGUUGGUGGGAGUGGGAGUGGGGGUGGGGUGGGUAGUGGGGGCAGUGGUGGAGGUGCGGUGUCUGCUCACAGCAAUCUCUCUGCCAAGCUGGGCCACCUGAUAAGCCCCCAGGACUCAUCUAUGCUUCGCAACAUCCAUAACACACUGAAGAACAAGAUGCAAAGCAAAGGGAAAGACAAUCGCUUCCUGUCACCAGAUGGUUAUCUCGGCUCCCCUCGCAAAGGCAUUAGACGCAUCCGCCAGCGCAGCAACAGUGAUAUCACUAUUAGUGAACUUGACGGGGAGGGUAAUGAAGGCUGGUCUUUCUCUGGGUGGACACCCAUGCACCGGGAGUAUGGGAGCACUUCCUCCAUAGAUAAACACGGGGUUUCAGGGGAGAGUUUCUUUGACAUGUUGAAAGGGUAUCAGUCCUCUGAGGCUCCAGAUCAGCGAAGUCCCGCCCCAGAGAGACUCACAGAGCUCUUGACAGUAGCUCCUGUAAAACAGGCUGCCUUAGACUUACCAGAUGGACCUUUGGGCCCCAUCCGAGGGAGUCCCGCCAGUCGACUGAAAGAACGAGAGAAGCACUUGAAGAGGAGGUCAAAGUCGGAGACGGGCGGAGAGUCAAUUUUCCGCAAAUUACGGAGCGUGAAGGUGGACGGCGACUCAUCCAGGGCCGGUUCUGAUGCUGAGGAUGGGGGCAAGGGUGACGACGGCAGCCUGCCUCCCAAACCGUGGCUGUGCCAAAAGGGAUUUGCCCAUUUUGACGUCCAGUCUCUCCUCUUUGACCUCAAUGAGGCCAUACAGAGCCGGCAGCUGGGAGCAAAGCGCAAGAACACCACCACAGGUGCUUCGGCGGCUGCCGCCGCUUCAGCAACAUCCUCCCUCUCUUCAAACCAGUGCGGUGUGUACGGGUCGCCGUGUGGAUCCCAAGAGGAGCUCAGCAAAGAAGGGGCUGGGCACAGUACCAACCCUGCCUUGGAUCCUGGCGAUGACAAGAGCAAUGAGCUGGUGUUGAGUUGCCCCUGUUUCAGGAACGAAAUCGGCGGAGAAGGGGAGCGGAACAUCGUCCCUGCAAAACAGCAGGGCAGCAUCGGCAGCGGCGGGAGCUCCAGCAGUUCUCCGGGGAGCACAGAGGAGGGGCCGCUCGAGGCGACGCUGACUUCUCAUUUUACCAAUGCUGGAGUGGCUGUGCUGGAAUCCCCUAAGGACGGGCCCAGCCAGCACGCCGAUCGGUCCAAGCGAUACAUCGUGGAACAUAUUGACCACGGUGCCUACUACUACAGGAAGUACUUCUACCUGAGAGAGCACUGGAACUACCUGGGCUUGGAUGAAAAUCUGGGCCCAGUGGCCGUAAGCCUGAGGAGGGAAAAGCAAGAAGAACACAAGGAGCACGGCCAGCAGUACAACUACCGGGUCAUUUUCAGAACCAGCGAGUUAAAUACCCUGCGAGGCUCCAUCAUCGAAGACGCCGUCCCGUCCACAUCCAAGCAUGGCCUGGCCCGAGGUCUUCCUCUCAAAGAAGUUCUGGAGUACAUCGUGCCCGAGCUCAACGUUCACUGCCUGCGCCUCGCUCUCAACACGCCCAAAGUCACCGACCAGCUGAUGAAGUUGGACGAGCAGGGGCUGAGUUUCCAGCGCAAGGUGGGAGUGAUGUACUGCAUGUCCGGGCAGAGCAGCGAGGAGGAGAUGUACAACAACGAAUCCGCCGGACCGGCUCUGGAGGAGUUCCUCCAUCUGCUGGGGGAGCGCGUACGACUCAAAGGCUUCUCAAAGUACCGGGCCCAGCUGGACACCAAGACUGACUCCACUGGAACGCACUCCCUGUACACCAGCUACAAAGACUACGAGAUCAUGUUCCAUGUGUCCACGAUGCUGCCCUACACGCCAAACAACAAGCAACAACUGCUACGAAAGAGACACAUUGGAAACGACAUUGUCACCAUUGUGUUCCAAGAACCCGGGGCUCUGCCUUUCACCCCCAAAAACAUCCGCUCCCACUUUCAACACGUCUUUGUGAUCGUCCGGGCGCACAACCCCUGCUCCGAAAACACCUCCUACAGCGUGGCGGUCACCCGUUCCAAAGACAUGCCGUCCUUCGGGCCGCCCAUCCCUGAUGGCGUAACCUUCCCAAAGUCGUCGGUGUUCCGGGACUUCCUGCUGGCCAAGCUCAUCAACGCCGAAAACGCCGCCCACAAGUCCCACAAGUUCCAGGCCAUGGCCACCAGAACCCGGCAGGAGUACCUGCGGGACCUGGCCGAGCGGCACACCACCAACACCCCCAUCGACCCAUCCGGCAAGUUCCCCUUCAUCUCCCUGGCCCACAAGAAGAAGGAGAAGAGCCGGCCGUAUUCGGGGGCGGAGCUCCGCAGCCAAGGAGCUGUGUGCUGGCCCGUCCACGUGGAGGACCACGGCACUGGCGCCGAAAUCGAAGCCUUAUUGGCCAUCUCCAACGAUUUCCUCAUCCUGCUGGACCAGGAGGCCAAGGCCGUGGUCUUCAGCUGCGCGACGAAGGACGUGAUCGGCUGGACGCUGGGCAGUCCGGCGUCUCUGCGGGUUUUCUACGAGCGGGGUGAGAGCGUGGCACUGAGGAGCGUCGGGAACAACACCGAGGACUUCAAGGAGGUGGUCAAACGUCUGGAGCUGCUGACGAAGGGCUGCGAAACAUCGGAGAUGACUCUUCGUCGUAACGGCCUCGGACAACUCGGCUUCCAUGUCAACUACGAAGGGAUUGUUGCUGAGGUGGAGCCGUAUGGUUACGCCUGGCAGGCCGGACUACGCCAGGGCAGUCGGCUGGUCGAGAUCUGCAAAGUGGCGGUGGCAACGCUGACUCACGAACAGAUGAUCGACCUCCUCCGCACGUCGGUGAGCGUCCGCGUGAUCAUCAUCCCGCCGCACGACGACGCCACCCCCCGCAGAGGAUGCUCCGAGCUCUACCGGAUGCCCGUGUCGGAGUACAAGAGCAGCAGCACCGACAGCGGCUCCUUCGAGUACAAGUUUCCUUUCCGCAGCAACAACAACAAGUGGCAGCGGACGUCCAGCAGCCCCCAGCAGUCGCUGACCGCCUCGCCGCAGCCGCACACCCCCAACAGAGCCAUCAGUCUGGGCAGCUCGGUGGGUAAGACUCUGUCUGCCGAGCGGCUGGAGAGAGGAGCCGUCAUCCCCCGCAGUGUCAGCAGCGACGGCCGACCGCUGGACACCAAGAGGAUGUCUCCGGGCAGCGAGUCCUACAGCCUGGCCUCCUCUCUGGCUCUGGGCCGCUCCCCUCACAACCGCAGCUCUCCCAGCAACCUGUCGUGCUCCAGCGACGCCUCCGGCGCCUCCGCCCACUGGAGGCAGAAGUCCAUGCCAGAACAGUUCGCCAGUAACCGCCACUCACCGCUGUCGUCGGAGAGGCAGGUGGUGGGCGAAGGGGGCUCUGGCGGGAAGUCCCAGAACUGGUCCCGGAUGGAGGAUGGAGGGAGUGAGCGAGGAUCGACAGAAGCGCCGCUGCCCAAGUCCGGCCCGGGCUACUCUGGGGGUCCUCGCAUCCAGAGGCAGGAGCAGGUCAUCCAUCUGUCCCCGAAGAAGAGUAGCCAGUCAGACGGGCCGUACUCGGGUCACUCCAGCAGCAACACUCUGUCCAGCACUGCCUCUAGUGGCGGACACAGCGACAGCGACAAAUGGUACGAGUUGGGGGCUGGCGGGGGCUCCAGCGGGGACCAGGGUGACCCCGAGCCCAACGGUCUGGGAGGAGGGGGCUACCUGCAGGGCACCUCCACCGACAGCGGCAUCGACACCAGCUCCUACGGGCCGCCCCACCACUCGCACCCCCAUUCCCACCACGGCAGCACCACGUCGCUGCUGGCGCCCGGCGGCAGCCGAGACCGGUCGGUGUCUCCUUGGCACAGCCCGACGGAAGGGGGUCGGCGGAUGCUGGAGCGGUCUCCCGCCGCCGCCGAGUCUCCCGGCCCCCCUGCAGAGAGGAGCUUGGAGGGCACGGGCAGGACCCCCCCCACUCACCUGCUGGUCCGGGACAGCAGCACCUUCAGCCUGAGCGACGGCGGCUCACACUCCAGGUCUGUCCUCACCGUCGCCCCCUUGUGCGUGAGCACGUCCCAUGAUGUUGUUUGUCCCGGCAGACACUCGGCCCACAGCUCCCCCAGGGACGACCCCUCCUCCUCCACUACAUCGCCGUCCUCGCAGUCCUCCGUGUCUCCGGGCCCCAAGAGCUUCUACCCACGGCAGGGGGCUCAGUCCAAGUACCUGAUCGGCUGGAGGAAGCCCGGCUCCACCAUCAACUCGGUGGACUUCGGUGACAGCCGCAAGAAGUCUCCAGGAGAAGGAGGGCUGGAGGUGAUGCCCACGCCGGCGGCCCGCCCGUCUCUGAGGGACAUGCACUCCCCUCAGCAGCACGCCAAGUCCACCAUGGAGGAGGACAUGAAGCGCCACAGCGCCCCCGACAGCCCGCCGCUGCCCAGGAGACACAAGGACAAGCAUCCCCCGAAGUCUCCGCCCGCACCGAGCCGCCGCCGCUCGCUGCACCGCACGCUGUCGGACGAGAGCAUCUACCGCGGUCAGAGGCUGCCGUCGCUCAGCGACUCCAUCACGGACCCGGCGCUCAACGCCGACAGCCUGUUCAGCUGCUCCACGCUGCCUCGCUCCCCCACCACCCGGGGCGUCCCCCUCCGACGGCCCUCCUACAAGCUGGGAGUCAAACUUCACGGCGACCUGUCGGCGUCCGACACGUCCCUGGUGGACCUGGUGGAGCGGCACCGCGGGCCCCUCCCCAAAGAGCUGAUGCCACUGCCGUCCUCGGGCCGCGACAGCCCGCUGGACUGGACUCACCUGGUGGACGUGGCCAACACCUUCGACACGGAGAGGAACACUCACUACGUCCAGAGAAGCUACAUGUUUGGGGACGCCAACCAUCGCAGCAGCGGAGCGUCCAGUCCCCAGCAGCCGCACAUCGAGCUGCAGCCGGCGCCGCUGUCCAGACCUCAGUCCAGCGACGGCCACAUCAGCCUGGAGAGGAAGGUGACCAAGCUGGAGGCCAUGGUGAAGAUGCUGCAGGACGACCUGAAGAAGGAGCGCGAGGAGAAGCUCCGCCUGCAGGGUCAAGUCAAGCGCCUGUGGGAGGACAACCAGCGGCUCCGGGAGGAGUCCAAGACCUCGGCUGCCAAGCUGAAGAAGUUCACCGAGUGGGUCUUCAACACCAUCGACAUGAACUGAAGGCCGCCUGCGCUCACUCACUGUCGCACACUCCGACGAGGGAACCAUCCGCACAGCUCCUGAUUUUCUCUCCCGCCGCACCUCCAGAAGAUCCGGACUCGCCCGGCGUCACCUUCUCGGCUCGUGUCCGAGCAAUAAGACCUUUUUCCUGAAGCUCAUUUGUCCUGACUCGACAGCACAAACCCGAUCUAAGCCAUGGACCAGACCCGAGCUUGGACCAGUCUCAAAGCAAUAGGAAGAAACACCUCCUGAGCUGACGCCGUGGGGGGUUUUCGGGAGGAACGUCCCGAGGAUCUUCAGACUUGAACAAGGGACGUUUUUAUUUGAUUUAAUUUAUUCUCUUGUACAAUAGUCAUCAGUGUUGAGUUCCUGCACCUUGGGAUUAUUGCGCUUUAAACUUCUUUCAGAUUGCGUAUUCUGUUGUAGCUUGUGGUGCCUGAGCCUGCAGUUGUGUUGCUUUCAGUGAGCUCUAGUGGUGACCAGUGGAACAUGUCAUGGAUAUUAAAUGUGCCGCCGUCUUUCGUAUGUUCCCCCCGCCAACUUUUCCACGCCUCUUCAGCCGACAUGAGCGCAGGACGGGAGCGACAAUCACAGCGUGCAUGUGUGCGUGCGUGCGUGCGUGUUGUCAUCCUCAGGUUAGUUGUUCUCGGGCAGAACGGUGUGUGUGUGUGUGUGUGUGUGUGUGUGUGUGUGUCCAUCCAGCUGUGCCUGCAGUCCAGUGUGGUGGUGCCUUCGAUACAUCUGCCAACAGACGUUUCAUUACCGCGCUCUGCCAGAGGAGCAACGCUUGUUUCUAGUGGGAAAGACGAGUGGAAUCUGGGGCUGCUCAUUAUGACCACCAGUCUGACCUUGGUUUCCUCUUCUUGCUGUUCUCAGUGUGCGAAAGUCUGAAGUCGACUGAGCCAGGGUUCUUACCGUCUUGAGCCGGGUCCUGCUCCUGGGCACCUCUGGACCUUGAGGUUCAGAAGGUCAGAAUGUUCAGCCCUGCUUUGAUAGCCACUGACCACUGUUGGGAGCUCUUCAGUCACCCGCAAGGUACCAUCCAGGUGGUCGUAAUGAUAUGGCUCGUGAGGUUUAGUUCAAUUAGUACAAGAGUCUUCUUUACUCAAACCUUUGUUUACCUCGAAACACGCAGCUACAUUAGCAUCAAAAACUUGAAACAUGUUGGAUUGUUGUUAGCCGCUAAGCUAACAUAGCACAACCAGUGUGCUAGCACCCGUGUGCUAACGUUAGCUGACAACAAAAUGACACAUUAAAAAUUGUGAACUCAAGUCUUUUAGUCCUUGAACAAACACGUAAUACUUUCCCAAAUAAUACCCUUCUGAUAAAUAAGAAGAAAUAUGUUCCAAAGAUUUUAAAGUCAACCACGUCUUGUAAUUUCAUUCUUAAUAAAUCAGUAAGAUUUCAAUCAUCUCAUUGAAUUUUUCUGGACUUAUUGAAGUAUUUUUAGCCCGACUCCCUUCAAUUACUGACAUGUGACUCUUAAAUGAUAUGUAAUACAUUUUUUAUAAAAAUAAAUCUACAGAUUUAUUAGUAAAAAUAUUGCUGAAUCAUCAUCUUCACAGUCCUAAAAACAUUUCUGAUAUUCUGAAGUGAAUAAUAAUAAUGUCCGAAAAAUACUUUUUCUUCAUUCAUUUUUUGUUAGUUGAAAUGGCAUUGUGCCCCAACGGUACUGGGUGAAAUUAACUCUUAAAAUGCAUCAAUAGAAAACAUGUCAACUUUUGAAAUUUGUUUUUCCAGACAAUUUUAUACUGAAUUUCCAUUGAAUUUACAGUUUAGUUGGUUUAAAGUUUCAGUCAUUGAAAAGCGCGUCACUGACUUUAUUUUGCGUUUUUCUCCUACAUUGCUGGUAUUUUGGGAUAAAACUGAGGUGUCUUUGUGUCGCCAUCUGUGAGUUUAAAAACCUCUUGUCGCUGAUCAAAAGUGAAACAGCUUAAAAACCACAUUUGCGCCCGGAACAUUGCGACCAGUUGGUGGUGCAGCCUGGACGUUUGUGCGUGUGCCUUCAGAGUCGACGAGUCAAACCAACCCGACACCUGAUGUUUUCGGACGCGACACCCGGGGUCAAGUCAGGUCAAAGGCCUUAAACUUCAACAACAAGCCAUAACCGCUAAAUUCACACCCACUCCACGUGGUGGCGCCGCGCUUGAAUGUGUUAAGAGAACUUGUUUACUGACCAACAAACAGCUAUUUAAUAUUUUUGGGAUUACUUCAGCAGUGGUUCUGUUUUAAGAAUCGAAGUGGGGCGCUCGAAUUUCAGUCACCCACAAAUGUGAAUCGACGUAGUUGCCAUGGUUACACCUUUGCUGUCGCUAACGCUGAAGUGUUUUUUAGCGCUCGGGUUUUCGGACGGACAAACGUCACUAAAUGUGUCACUCCUCCUUUUCCUUUUCUCGCUGUUGCUUUUACAAAUGUGAAUAUUCCGAUAUAUAUAUUUUGCACGUUUCUGUUUGUUUUUGAUUUUUGUAAAUAUCGGCUAGAGUUUGAAGGUUUUUGAGGGAAGGACUCCAUUGUUUCUUGUUUCAACGUACUGAAGUGAAAACUUGCUCUGUGUUUCGGGAACAUUUCGCUUUUAUUUUGAAACCAGAAAUAAAAGUUGGAAGUCUGACCACUGACCAGGGAAGCGACAUAUUUCCCAACUUGAGACUUGAGAAUUCAACGUAUAAAUGAGCGAUAAAACUAAACAAACAGGAAGUCGUCACCUCUUGAUUCCUAGCGCAACAUUUUCGCCAACUCUGAAAAGGACGUUUAAAUUCUUUAGAUGCAGCCUUGCUAGGUUUACGAGAAAUAUUGUAAUAUAGUUAUUUUCAAUCUCAAUUUUCGGCUGAUUUUGACGAUUUAUUCUGACACUUGGCAAACUUCGGAAAAAUAAACGUUGACACCUUCUUUCUUUGUUUAGCACCUUCUGAAAAGUAGCGUUCAUUGAGGAAGCACAAACGGCACAAAAACCGUGUUCAUGGAAAACUUUGUUAAUGGACGAAAAUGUUCCGCAUUGAGUAUUAGUCUAGCUGGCAGUGUAGUGUGUUUGGUAAUAAACAAAUUCAAGUUGCAUCGUUUAUCAUCGGAAAAAAAAUGACAUCAGAUUUUUUUCAAUUUAUAAAGGUCAAUGAAAGUUUUUAGCUAAUUAGCUAGUGGUGUAGCACAACUUUCUGUUUGAAGGUUGAAUAACCGCAGAGACUUUAAUGUUUGGUGUGUUUAAAUGACCAUCCAUUUCAAAGCAGGAACAAAGGAGUUUACGUCCUCUUAUUAGUUAGGUGACAAUAAACAACAACAUUGAACUUUUACUUCCAGUUAAACUGUGUUUGUUUAGCAAUUUCCUGUAGAAUUUAGCAAGCAGUUUUUGCGGAAUCAGCAAAGCUAGCUGCAGGACUAAGAGCUCACAGAAAUAAAAACCAAAAUGGCCGAGUGAGGCGGCGACUUCCUCUUCCUGUUUGAGACCAAAACGGAAUUCAUCGCAUCUUCAGCACUCAUUCAGGUCGUGGUGUUUCGACAUCAUAAAACCAUGUGGUUCUCAGACUCCCUGUUUGACUGAUUCACAACAUCCUGGUUUCAAAAUAAAAGUGUCAGAAGUGUGUGGGCCGGAGAGGAAGCGAGUCACUCAGGUCCCAGGUUUCUCCACCACUGUCCAGCGGUGAGUCACGAAGGCAGCGAUGUGGCGUUCGCUUCUCUCCGGGAAUAAACGCUGCGCUGCUGUUGUCUCGCGAGGGGCCCAGGUGUCAAACGCACUUGCAGUGAUUUCUGAAAUAAAUAAACCGCCAUGAUUGACCUAUGGAGCUCCGCCUCUUCUUUGGUGUCCGUCUUUCCUCCUCAAGUGAACCUCAUCGCGUUUACCAUUAGCACGUCAACUACGCUCUGUUUGUUAGUCAAGUCAUCUGCCUUGUUUACAUGAAACCUUCACAUUGUCAUUGUCUCACCUGAACGGACAUUUCUGCUAAGAAAAUAUUUGUACAUUGUUUUGUUAUGUUUGUUGCUUGCAUCAUAUGUUUGUGUUG